UUCUUCGUCUGAGGUUUCAAGUAUCCGGCAAUCGAUGGAGAAAGCUCGUGUUUCUGAGGAUUCUGCAGAUCCAAGCACCAAUUGCGAUUGGUCCCAACCUCAGGCUGACCUGCUGGUUCAGAUCUUCGGCAGUCUCGAUAUCCCAGAUCUUUUCAGCUCAGGUGCGGUAUGUCGCUCCUGGCACCUCAAUUACCUGGAGGCCCGUCGUCUCCGGCUGUGCUCCCCGAACCAGAGUCCCUGCCUUGUUUAUUCCUCCGGCGACCGUGACGCCAACACGGCCACCCUGCAUAACAUGUCCACCAACAAGCUCUACCACGUCACCCUCUCAGAGCCUGCCUUCCGCACACGCUACGUCAUGGGCUCCUCCCAUGGCUGGCUCAUCACCGCCGACGAGCGGUCCAAUCUCAUAUUUGUCAACCCUGUAACCAGAGCUGAGAUAGUUAUGCCUCCACCCGAAACCAUGAACAAUGUCAGGCUCCGCUACACUGAAGAGGGCGUGCUAGAUGGGUAUGAUAUCCUCUCCUUGGAUCUGAUCUCUCGGGAUUUUGACAUUGAAACUGAGACGUAUGAUGUUACACUUGAAGAAGGCCGCUUUCACUUCUAUUUGAGGGUCGUUCUUACUUGUGAUCCCUCCAGUGCAAACUGCAUAGUCCUCCGAGUACACUUUCCAUAUGAUCAUCUCUCUUAUGCUAGGGUUGGGGACACCAAAUGGACUUGGAUUGAUCAAAAUGAAGAUUGCUGGUGUUAUCAAGAUAUACUUUAUAACAAUAGUGAUGGUCUGUUUUACGGUGUUCGUGGUAGGGGCGAGAUCGAUUCUAUUGAUCUUAGUGGGCCCUCUGCUGAAGUGAAGGCCAUUUUGAAGCCUGUCAUAUCCUAUCAAUUACAUACUAGAUAUAUUGUUCGUGCACCAUGGGGAGAUUUUUUGCAGAUAUGGAGACACGAUAGAUAUAAUGAGAAUGGGAAAAGGGAACGAGUUGCAGCCAAAUUUUUUGUCUACAAGGUCGAUUUUGUUGAACAAAAGCUUGUGCAAACAGAUAGCAUCCAAGAGCACGCAUUGUUCAUUGGUUUCAAUAGCUCUUUCUUGCUUCCCAUUAAAGAUUUCCCUGCGUUGAUUCCCAAUAGCAUCUAUCACACGGAUGACUUGAUGCAUUAUAUCUGUUCUCAAAGAUUUGGUCUCAGACAAGUUGUUGUCUUUAAUAUGAAAGACAACAGUUUCCUUGAGUUAUCGCCUCCUAGUUCAGAUGCAAGAUUGAACUGGCCACCCCCAGUAUGGAUUCAACCAUCACUUACUUGA